UAGCGAGAGCGUGCGGGGACAUCUCCGCGCCUGCCCUGGGCCCAAGGCAGGGCUGCUAAUAUCAAGAGCCCCUCUCCGGCGGGGCAUGGGCAUCCGCCCCUGGGCUCUCUCCUUAGGUCCCUGAGCGUAGCCAGGAAUUCUCUCCCACCGUAGCCACUCAGCCCUUGGAAGGCCCUGGGUGCAGCGCUCUCCGUGUCCCUACUUUGUAGCAAGACUGGCACCGCACGGGAACCUGGAGCUUGGAGACACCCUUGCGCCUAGCCAGUCGGAGGAGUGGGCGCAGCAGCCAAGUGGAGGCCAGACACGCAGCUUCAAGGGCCCGGAUACGGCGACGGUGCAGCCGGGGCGCAGCUCGGGCGCCCAGCUCCAGCGCCGGAGGAAGUCCCUCUCGCGGCGCGGGGAGCGCGACGGACGCGCCCUGGGCGCACGCCCAGGAGGCCUCCUCCCCAGCCCUCGGGACCGUCCUCAGGGCGCGAGGAGGAGCUUGCUGGAGACUUCGAGGCUGUCCAGAGCCAGCGAGCGGGAGCGCGGCAUCUCCUGCCUCGGCUGGGAAGGGGGAGUGGCGCUGGCGGGUUAGAGCUGGGAACUGAGCGAACGCCUGACCUUCCUUCUCUUCCUUACCCCCUUCGCGACUUGGGCUCCGAGGGAAGGUUCUAGCGGCCACAGUAGGCCCCCGAUCCCUUUUCCUAGAAGGCUGGUGAUGGAUCUCCUGCUUCUGCCCCCGCGAGGGUACUUGGAGCGCGCUGGUGGCGCGUGAGCCGGGCACUGCCCUCCACCGCCCUCGGCGAGCCUCGGGCUGGCCCCGCCUGGCAGCCUCGCCCGAGCCCCCUUUCUUUCCGGGCCCCAAGUCGCCAGCGUUCCGAGAGCGGGAGGAGGGUGGCCCUCGGGCACAGCCUCGACGAGAUGUCCGCGCAGAGCCUGCUCCACAGUGUCUUCUCCUGCUCUUCACCGGCCUCGGGCGGCGCGGCCUCUGCCAAGGGCUUUUCCAAGAGGAAGCUGCGCCAGACCCGCAGCCUGGACCCAGCCCUGAUCGGCGGCUGCGGGGGCGAGGCGGGCGCGGAGGGUGGCUCGCGGGGGGCCACUGGGGGCCGCGUCUGCUCCCCGCUGCCCCCCGCCGAGGGUCUCGGUCCCCGAUCAGCGUCCUCUCCCCGGGGCCCACCCCCCCGGGCCAACCGACUCCCGCCCCCUAGACCCCUCUGCUCAUCCUUCUCCACGCCCAGUACCCCGCAGGAAAAGUCGCCGUCUGGCAGCUUCCACUUUGACUAUGAGGUCCCCCUGGGUCGCAGCGGCCUCAAGAAGAGCAUGGCCUGGGACUUGCCUUCGGUCCUGUCUGGGCCGGGCGGUGGCCGCAGCGCCAUCCUCUGCUACUCCGGGGGAGGCCCCAACGGCAUCUUCGCUUCUCCCAGGAGGUGGCUCCAGCAGAGAAAGUUCCAGUCCCCACCCAACAGCCACGGCCACCCUUACGUCGUGUGGAAGUCCGAGGGUGAUUUCACCUGGAACAGCAUGUCGGGCCGCAGCGUGCGGCUGAGGUCUGUCCCCAUCCAGAGUCUCUCAGAGCUGGAGCGAGCCCGGCUGCAGGAAGUGGCUUUUUAUCAGUUGCAGCAGGACUGUGACCUGAGCUGUCAGAUCACCAUUCCCAAAGAUGGACAAAAGAGAAAGAAAUCUUUGAGAAAGAAACUGGAUUCACUAGGGAAGGAGAAAAACAAAGACAGAGAAUUCAUCCCGCAGGCAUUUGGAAUGCCCUUAUCCCAAGUCAUUGCAAAUGACCGGGCCUAUAAACUCAAGCAAGACUCACAGAGGGAUGAGCAGAAGGACGCAUCCGAUUUUGUGGCUUCCCUCCUCCCAUUUGGAAAUAAAAGACAAAAUAAAGAACUCUCAAGCAGUAACUCAUCUCUCAGCUCCACCUCGGAAACACCAAAUGAGUCAACAUCGCCAAAUACCCCGGAACCAGCUCCUCGGGCCAGGAGGAGGGGUGCAAUGUCAGUGGAUUCUAUCACAGAUCUUGAUGACAAUCAGUCUCGACUGCUGGAAGCUUUACAACUCUCCUUGCCUGCUGAGGCUCAAAAUAAAAAAGAAAAAGCCAGAGAUAAGAAACUCAGUCUGAAUCCUAUUUACAGACAAGUCCCCAGACUGGUGGACAGCUGCUGUCAACAUCUAGAAAAACAUGGCCUCCAGACAGUGGGGAUAUUCCGAGUUGGAAGCUCAAAAAAGAGAGUGAGACAAUUACGUGAGGAAUUUGACCGUGGAGUUGAUGUCUCUCUGGAGGAAGAGCACAGUGUUCAUGAUGUGGCUGCCUUGUUGAAAGAGUUCCUGAGGGACAUGCCAGACCCCCUUCUCACCAGGGAGCUGUACACAGCUUUCAUCAAUACUCUCUUGUUGGAGCCAGAGGAACAGCUGGGCACCUUGCAGCUCCUCAUCUACCUUCUACCUCCCUGCAACUGCGACACGCUCCACCGCCUGCUACAGUUCCUCUCCAUCGUGGCCAGGCACGCCGAUGACAACAUCAGCAAAGAUGGACAAGAGGUCACUGGGAACAAAAUGACAUCGCUAAACUUGGCCACCAUAUUUGGACCCAACCUGCUGCACAAGCAGAAGUCGUCAGACAAAGAAUUCUCGGUCCAGAGUUCGGCCAGGGCUGAGGAGAGCACAGCCAUCAUCGCUGUGGUGCAGAAAAUGAUUGAAAAUUAUGAAGCCCUGUUCAUGGUUCCCCCGGAUCUCCAGAAUGAAGUGCUGAUCAGCCUGUUGGAGACUGAUCCGGACGUGGUGGACUAUUUACUCAGAAGAAAAGCCUCCCAAUCAUCAAGCCCUGACAUGCUGCGGUCGGAAGUUUCCUUUUCCGUGGGAGGAAGGCACUCAUCCACAGACUCCAACAAGGCCUCCAGCGGAGACCUCUCCCCUUAUGACAACAACUCCCCAGUGCUGUCUGAGCGCUCCCUGCUGGCUAUGCAAGAGGAAGCGGCCUCGGGGGGCUCGGAGAAGGUUUACAAAGGGCCAGAGCAGUAUGUGCUGGUGGGCCGCUUGCCAUCGUCAAAGUCAAGGGAGAGUUCUCCUGGACCAAGGCUUGGGAAAGAUAUGUCAGAGGAGCCUUUCAAUAUCUGGGGAACUUGGCAUUCAACAUUAAAAAGUGGACCCAAAGACCCAGGAAUGACAGGUUCCUAUGGAGACAUUUUUGAAAGCAGCUCCCUACGACCGGGACCAUGCUCCCUUUCUCAAGGGAACCUGUCCCCAGAUCGGCCUCGGUGGCAAGGGAGCCCCACAGAACUGGACAGUGGUACACAGGUCAUUCGGAGGACUCAGACCACAGCCACCAUCGUGGAGCACAGGGCCCACCCUCCUGUGUCCCGCGUCUGCAGCACGCCCCACAUCCAGGGUGGCAGCAGGAGAGCCAAGCUGGCCACGCCAAGGUCAGAGCAGUAUUUGACUCUGAGCAGUGCCGAAGACCUCACCGAGAGCCAGCUGGAUGUGGCCUGGCCUCAGAGCCGAGCCAAGCCUUUGCACCAGAGACCUCGAGAGAGUGCGAGGCAUGACAAGAGGCCUCCUCCUCCUUAUCCUGGUCCAGGGAAGCAAGCUUUAGCAUCGGCUCACCAGCCCACAGAGCCACCAUUGUGGAGGCCUCAGAGGCCAGAAGAAGGCUCUGGAACAGCUUUGGAAGAGGGAAGCCAAAUAGCCGAGCAAGAACAUCAGGCCGCCCAGCAAAAACUGAGCAGCGCCUACUCCAGUCCCACCAGCGAUCAAAACAGUAAGACCUUGGGUGAACCCAACUGGCUCGACUGGCAGACAGAGCGGUGGCAAAUCUGGGAGCUCUUAUCGACCGACAACCCCGAUGCCCUCCCGGAAACACUGGUAUGAGCCCACCCGAGCUUGAGCCCUCACAUCCCAAACAGCCUUCUUCCACUCAGUAGGGAAAAAAGUUGUUGUUGAACAAUUGGACACUUACUUAUUUUUUAUUUUACACUUUUAAAAAAUAACACAAGAGAAACUCAGUUCACUUAAAAAUAUAGAGCACUAACUAGUACCUUCGCCAUUUAUAACGUUCUAUUGUGUAGCCAGCCUUAGGAAAAAAAAAACAUAAACGGAUGGCAAUAUCCGAUCUAAAAAGUACUCACAUUGGCUCUGUAUAAGAUAAAACUCUUGCUUUGGUAUAGCUUAAUUGUAUUUAUAUGUCUUCAGUUUUGACUAUUGUGUAUUCUGUAACAGAUUAUGUAUGAUAAUCAUAUAUGAUAUAUUCACAGAAAACAGAAGGAACAAUUUUUUUAAUCACUUCACUAUACUAAGCAAUGAGAUUCUAUAGAAUGUUCUAGAAUAUGCACAAGCGGGUUUCUGUGCUUUUUGGCAUAGCUUUUUAACUGGGGACAGCCCUUCCUUCAAUGCCUAAGAAAAACACUAACAAAACAAAAUAAAACAGAAUAUGAGAAGCCAUAUUUUUAUAUAGUAGUGGGAUACAAAAAAAUAUAGUCACUGAAUGCUUUUUCAUAUUGAAUGUGUUUUAAGGAAAAUAUUAAAUUUGAUACAUUAUGGAAUAUAUUUUUAGAAUCUGUUUAGAAAGGAUUCAGUUAAUCGAACAAGAGAAAGGCCGUGCCUAAAAAAGAAAGAAUAAUUAAGAAGUUGUCCUUCCCAUUUUAGGUCAAAUUCAAUUUUAUAUAGACCAUAUAUAAUAUAUAUUUAUAAUGUAUAAUUUCUAUGUAUUUUUCAAAACUACAAACUGGAAUCCAACUAUAAAGUGUUUAAAAAUCUAAAUAGAGUAUUCAAAUUACAGAACAUGGUUUUUCCUUUUGCCCCAUAAUCAGUAUUAACCAAAUUAUACAUAAUUCUUUGUAAAGUAAAUCAUAUUUGGAAAAAAGCCACAGCUUUGUAUUUACAUCAUGCCAAAGGGUGAGGAAAUGUCUUCUUUGGUAAUUUUUUGUGUAUUGUAAGAUGCUCCUACCAUACUUCAGUCGUUUUUUCAACAACUACAAAACCAUUUUUGACCAGCAGGUGGCAAUUCGCUUCAGUAUUUUAUGAGAUUUUUUUCACUUCAUAAGGGAAUGUGUAUUAUAGAAAAAGAAUUUUUUUAUAAAACAUGCUACUCUUAAUUUUCAUGUUGGCGAUGACAUUUUCAGUGGUGUUUCUUAAAGUUCUAUCUUGUGCCAUGAUGAAUAAAAAGUUAAGCAAAG